AUGUGUGCUAGAAUUGAGCCUUGGCGUGAAUGCGCCGAUUGGUUAACACGUUGUGGAAUUUUAAGAAGUGAUCAUAUAGCAAACGGUGCAGAAGCCAAAGCUCGUGAUUUAGCUGUUACUCUAAGAGACGGUGUUAUUUUAUGUAAUUUACUGAAUGAUAUUGAGCCGGGGUGUAUUGAUACAAAAGAUGUUAGUCAGAAACCUCGGUUAUCACAGGUAUUUAGGGUUACAACUUUCUUUUUUCUGCAAACUUCACAUGACACAUUCGGUCUUAAAGAAAGUGAUUUAUUCGAUCCAGUUGUUUUGUUUGAUCUCACUGAUUUUGUGAAGGUUUUACAAACUUUAUCAAAACUCUCCCUCUCUCCUAAGUUUAAAAAAAAGAAUAUUAGUGGUUUUUCAUUAAUAAAACACAGAUCAUCUCAUGAUGAAUUAUAUAAGGACUUGAUACAUUCUAAUGUAUUGCGUGCUGAAGAUGCAGAAUAUAGCAGUCAUCAUGUUAAUAUGCGAAAUGAAGAAAUUUACCAUGAUUUGUGCUCGAUUAAUAGAAUAUCAUUACAACAGAUACCAUCAGCGUUACCUGCCAGUUUAGAAAAACGAGAUUAUGUUAUUAACGAACUAAUCGAAACCGAAAGAAAUUAUUUGGACGUUUUAGGAGGUUUGCAACGAAGUUUUAUGCGUCCUCUAGCAUCCAUUAUUAGAGAAGAAGAUUUUAAAAUAAUUUUUGCUCAUAUUAAGGAAUUGUAUGAAAUCCACGGCGUGUUUUUGACUCAACUUAGAAAAGCUGCUUCCCCUCAUGGGAAAAUUCGUUUAAGUGAAGUUUUUUUAAGCUUCAGGGAAAAGUUUUUAAUUUAUGGAGAUUACAUAGCCAAUUUAACGAAUGCGCAAAAUCUUAUUCAGGAUUUAUGCGGAAGAAGUGAAAUGAUAAAUAAUGAAGUCGAGAAUUGUCAGCAAGAAGCAAAUAAUGGAAAAUUUAAAUUAAGAGAUAUUUUAUCUGUACCAAUGCAACGAAUAUUGAAAUAUCAUUUAUUGUUGGAUAAGUUAGUUAGUGAAACGCAAAUGAAUCAUGAAGAUUACAGAGGAUUAGAGAGAGCUAAAGAAGCCAUGGUUGAUGUUGCUCAAUACAUUAAUGAAGUCAAAAGAGACAGCGAUGCUUUAGCUAUUCUUGCCUACAUUGAACAAAGCAUUUCGGACUGGCAUAUGCCACCGGAUUUUACAUUAAAAGACUACGGUCGAUUAAUUUUAGACGGGGAAUUAAGAAUUAAAGCUCACAAUGAUCAAAAACAAAAAGUCCGAUAUGUUUUUGUGUUUGAUCGCGUGAUGGUCAUGUGCAAAGCAUUGAAGACAAUUUUGGGCGAUCAAUACUGUUAUAGAGAAUCUCUUAGGUUAGAUGAAUAUAAAAUACAAGAUAUUGAAAAAAAAAUUUUAACAAGGGAUGCAAGGUGGAGUUAUCAAUGGUAUUUAGUUCACAGAGCGGAACUUACUGCUUACACUUGUUACUCUCGCACUGAAGAAUUUAAAAAGAAAUUCAUGAAUGCUAUAUCUGAAGCUCUAGACAACAUCGAACCUUCCGUUUGCCGAAACACGGAACAUAAUUUUAAAAUGUUUACGUUUGAAUCUCCGACCACGUGCAGUCACUGCAGUAAAUUUUUAAAAGGGAAAAUCUAUCAGGGAUACCAGUGUGAAAAAUGUCACAUUAAUUGUCAUAAAAUAUGCAUUCCGUACUGCGGCCGUUGCGGAUCCACAAAAGUACCUCAACUUCCUCCUCCUCGUUUACAUUUUAACGAGUUGAAAGAUUGUUUGUGGUUCGUGGGCGAAAUGGGAAGGAAAACUGCAACGAGCCUUUUAGAAAACGAAAUGGAUGGCACGUACCUGUUAAGGAUUCGGCCUCAACGUCCAACAAAUCCGUCGGAAACAAUAUACGCCAUAAGUUUAAAAACUAAUGAAAAAGUUAAACACAUGAAGGUUUACGAAGAAAAUGUCGAAGGAACUCUAUCGUAUUAUUUAUCACUGUCUCGUUUUUUCAAAUCCAUCAUCGAAUUAAUAACUUAUUAUCAGCACGUUAGUUUAGAAGAGAAUUUCGUCGGAUUGGACGUAAAGUUACAAUGGCCCUUUUCAAAAAAUUUAACGUUUACAAAUGAAAUGGAUUUUAGUACGGCCGAAUCGAAUCGAUUACUUCCAAGAGCGGAUUGUAGGGUUUAG